AUGCACCCUGAGCUGAAGAGUGUCAUCAUUCACUGCUCUGCCAAAUUCUUCUUGAUUGCUGUCUGCGCUAUCGCCGCUGUGUCGGCUGAUGUGUCCCAUUUGGCGGGCAAUGGUUACAACUAUGAUAGACCUGCUCCAGUUUUCGAUGUGCCUCAGGCUCCAGCUAACGAAUACUUGCCACCUCAACAGCAAUACUCUGCUCCAGCUGCCGCCGCUCCUCAGUACUCUGCCCCAGCUGCUCCAGCUCCUCAAUACUCUGCCCCAGCUGCCCCAGCUCCUCAAUACUCUGCCCCAGCUGCCCCAGCUCCUCAAUACUCUGCCCCAGCUGCUGCUCCUUCCAAUGAGUACUUGCCUCCUCAGCAACAAUACUCUGCCCCAGCUCCAGCUCCUCAAUACUCGGCCCCUGCUCCAGCUCCUCAGUACUCUGCACCAGCUGCCGCUGCUCCUCAAUACUCUGCCCCAGCUGCUGCUCCCUCCAACGAAUACUUGCCUCCUCAACAGCAAUACUCUGCCCCAGCUCCAGCUCCUCAAUACUCUGCCCCAGCUCCAGCUCCUCAAUACUCUGCUCCAGCUGCCCCUGCUCCUCAAUACUCUGCCCCAGCUCCAGCUCCUCAAUACUCUGCUCCAGCUGCCCCUGCUCCUCAAUACUCUGCUCCAGCUCCAGCUCCUCAAUACUCUGCUCCAGCUGCUGCUCCCCAAUACUCUGCCCCAGCUGCUGCUCCCUCCAAUGAAUACUUGCCACCCCAACAACAGCAAUCUGCCCCAGCUCCAGCUCCUCAAUACUCUGCUCCAGCUGCUGCUCCUCAAUACUCUGCCCCAGCUCCAGCUCCUCAAUAUUCUGCCCCAGCUCCAGCUCCUCAAUACUCUGCCCCAGCUCCAGCUCCCCAAUACUCUGCCCCAGCUCCAGCCUCCAGCGGCUACAACUACAACGUUCCCGCCAAACGUUUCCGUUUCCGCUUUUAA